AUGAUUCACACGUUUGCACCCAACCAGCAAGAUACCACAAAACUGUUUUCUGGUACAACGCGGCUGAUUCACUUUCCUUGGAACGACGUCUCUCAACAACCCACACUUGCUGCCAAUCGUCACCAUUACGCCGCGUUAGUUUCAGAUUCAACGACAAAGCUUCAGCAAUGCAUUCAAAGCCUACUCACCCUAUUAAACGAUCGUGCCAUUGUCUUGACUCGUUGUGCCAACUUCGAUGCUGCCCUUCGUGAUGCAACUGCCAUGCAAGAAAUCUCGCCUUCGUCACCUCUUGGUUAUUUACGUGCAGCCACUAUUUACAGCGAACAAGGUAGACAACGAGCUGUCGUGGAUGUUUGCAACAAGGGACUCAAUGCUGUUCAUAUCAAUGAUCCUGGAUACAGCAAGCUUGAAGAGGCCAAAAUGGUUGCCAUGCAACGUGACGCCUGUCUUCUUGACUUUGUCGGCCAACUCCCGCUUGAUAUUGUUAUGGACGUGCUUUUCCCUAUGCUUUUGGGCGAUGAUGGAAUACUGGACAGCAAGAAGGGAUGCCCUUAUUUGGAAGUGUCAAAGACAUGGCUCGACCGUGCCAUUGAGACAGCUGGAGGAGGAUUGCAUUUCAUUAUACCCGACCAGUACUCCCUCGCCCAGGUUGUUCGAUUUGCUCAGCACACAAAGACAAUACACAUUGAAUUCUAUUCUCAGGGAACAUGGCUACCUCAUUUAUUAUAUCGUGCCAACCUAUGCUCACUAGUGGAGAUAAAGAUUAAAGGACUCGAGGAUAGUAUCAAUGUGGGUCACCUUGUUUCGUCGUUGAGAUCCGUCAGCAAUACGUUGACUCGUUUGACUAUUUGGAAAUCGAACAACGGACCACUUUGGCCAAGAGGAUGUUCUGCUCAACAACCCAAACGUAAACGACCUCUACCGGUAGCAGAAAUAUUAAUCAAUUGCCCCAACUUGAUGAUGCUGGAUCUCGCCUAUCAGUUCACCGCUGAUUUCAGCGCUGUCCCAUUGACGAAGACAUGGCCACACCUUACAACUUUAUAUCUGAACCAUUAUGAAGGUGCCACUUUCGAUGGUCAAUUCUUGGAGAUUUUGAAGCGGUUUCCCUCACUAAAGAGGCUUGUGCUGAAUCCAUGUAUUGAACCCCAGCCCAUGACAAUGAUCCAUCGCUACUGCCCUUCCAUGAGAGAGCUUCAACUCAAGAUAAAACGCAUACAAUCAUCUUCAGCACGACAUGAACAACAACACGACGAUCAGUGUAUGAGAGGACGCGGUGGAUUGAAGAAAAUAUGGAUUUCAGAAGGUUCACAAAACGAUGAUGCUUGGAUGGAUAUGCGCAAGGUGCUACAGCAACAUCACAAUACGCUUGUUCACCUCGAAUUGAACUUGGAUGAUGCUGGCAACAAUGAUGAUGGCGUUUUCAGCCUGGAAUUUCCUUGUCUUAAAACACUCGCUCUUCGACGUCAUUAUUCGAACAAUGUUUGCUUUGGGUGGUGGAUUAUGCGAAAGGCGCCGUUUCUUGAGGAAUUGAGCAUUACAGCAAAUGUCAUCAAAUUGAGUCCUGGGCUACUCGGUUUCACACCACCACCUACUCUAAGAAAACUAGUGCUGGACCUUCGUCAUGUAAUUCGCGUGGAUGAGACGACAGUGGUUGGACGAUUUCUGGAACGCUUUUCUCAACAAAAGAAGGCGACUUCGUUAAAGGAGUUACAACUACGAUUCCACAGCAGCGGUGAUGUUACUCCUGAUACCCUUGUUGCUUCCAUCUGCCAUUUGAAUCAGCUUCAACAUUUGUCUAUAUCUUAUACCCUACUAUGGGAGCAAUGGGAAAUGGAUCAUUUUACACAGAUGCUUGUUGAAGGCUGCCCACACCUAAUAUCUCUUGAAUUGAAUGGGCGCAGACCUUUGUCUUGUUAUGCAAUGAACAUUUUGAAACGCCUUCAACAUUUCCGACGUCUCGCUUUUAACAUUGUUUGA